UGGAAAUUUUUCUUCCCAGCUUCUUCUGCACCUCACUCGCAACAUCCCGCCCAGCUCUCGGCUUCGAAACGAAAGGAAGCUGUCGGCGCCGCGGUCGACGAUGUGAUCUGGUAACGAGGAACUUGCCUUGUAAUCAGCAGUCUGUCAGUCAGUGGACAAGAGAAAAUGGCGUCCGUCAUGGAACCCUUUCUUGCGGGGGCCGAAGACUUUGUCAUCGGCCUCAUCGGCAUGGGCGACAUGGGCAAGAUGUAUGCCCGGCGUCUGAGCAGUGCCGGAUGGAGGAUCAUGGCCUGCGACAGAGAGGAGAAAUACGAUGAGCUGGCCGAAGAGUUUGCCAACCAUAAGAAUAUAGAAAUUCUCCGCAACGGUCAUCUGGUGUCUCGCGCCAGCAACUACAUCAUUUACAGUGUUGAAGCGGCCGCGAUAGGUCGUGUUGUCGCUCAGUAUGGUCCAUCAACUCGGCUGGGCGCCAUCGUGGGUGGCCAAACAUCCUGCAAAGACCCCGAGAUCAAGGCUUUCGAAGAGCACCUGCCCAGUGACGUUGAUAUCGUCUCCUGCCACUCCCUCCACGGCCCUAGCGUUGACCCCCGCGACCAACCCCUCGUCCUCAUCAAGCACCGCGCCUCGGAUGCCUCCUUUAUCAAAGUCGAAACCGUCCUACGCUGCCUCGGCUCCAAGCACGUCUACCUCACCGCGCGCGAGCAUGACCGCAUCACCGCCGACACCCAGGCCGUCACGCACGCGGCCUUCCUCUCGAUGGGCAAGGCCUGGCACGCCAACCAGCAGUUCCCCUGGGAGAGCACGCGCUACAUGGGCGGCAUCGAGAACGUCAAGAUCAACCUGAUGCUGCGCAUCUACGCACAGAAGUGGCACGUCUACGCGGGGCUGGCCAUCCUCAACCCGGAGGCCCACAAGCAAAUCAACCAGUUCGCGCGCUCGACCACCGAGCUGUUCUACCUCAUGCUCGAGGGCCGUCGCGACGAGCUGCGCGAGCGCGUCUACGCCGCCAAGGAGAAGGUCUUUGGGCCCGAGGACCGGCCCAAGUGGGAGGGCAAGCCGCUGCUGCCCGACGGCGUCGUCGACCGCUUCAGCCUCAACGCCAACGCGAAGGACAACGCCCCGCCCAUGCCCAACAACCACCUCUCGCUGCUGGCCAUGGUCGACUGCUGGAGCGCGCUCGGCAUCGUCCCCUACGACCACAUGAUCUGCUCGACGCCGCUGUUCCGCCUGUGGCUGGGCGUCACCGAGCACCUGUUCCGCACCCCGGGCCUGCUGGACGAGAGUCUGCGCGUCGGCAUCGAGGAUAACACGUUUCGCCGCGACGACCUGCAGUUUACGAUUGCCGCAUCGGGCUGGGCCGAGUGUGUCGCGCUGAGACAGUUUGAGACGUGGAGGGAGCGGUUUGCGGUGACGCAGAAGUUCUUUGAGCCGCGGUUUAAGGGGGCGGUCGAGAUGGGGCAGGCUAUGAUCAAGGCUGUGCUAGAGAGCGAGAAGCAGUGAGUGGUUCUGCCAAGGGGUUCAUGGUCAUAGGCCAUGGGCUGGUGGUGGAAGGGGCAAGUUGGUCCAUGGAUGGUUUCGGCGCAGGUGACAGGACUCUGCAGCUAUAGGUAGUAACGCCAGGCUUAUCAUGAGGGACCUACUAUACACUACCCGUUUUGCCUCGCGA